AUGUCAGAAUUUGCACCUAUUUGUAUCUAUUUAGUGAUCAGUCUGCUAGUUUCUUUGAUCUUACUCGGUCUUCCUCGACUGUUCCACCUUUUCUAUUCAUUCCUAAUAAUUAUUCCUUUACUUGGUGUGUUCUAUUCUCUUUGUAUGAAACUCGGCUCGAUAGAUUUAUUUAAUUCUCUACUAUUUAAAAUAGGGUUAUCUCUUGGUAGUCGAGUCCUAUCCUAUGCUUUCUUCAAAUUAGGCCUCGCGGGGGGGCUUGCCUGGGUUUUGUUAAACAUUUUGCAGGCACUAUUCAGUGCUGAUGGGGGGGUCUCCAUCGGGAAUGGCAUGAUGCCUCACGGAGCUGCCGAAUCCACCAAUUCGGAUUUGUUUACUUAUACAAGCUAUUUGGUGGAGGAUUCGGGCAGUUCUGGGCAUAGUAGAAGUACCUCAACGGUCAAUCAACCGCUUCCGGGGGAACAAGCUAUGCCUCCCGCUCUUCCUGUUAUGCAGGAAGCUGCUAAUCAAGCAGCCCCUGUCCCCUAUCCCUACCCCCACGAUGAAAUUAUAGGGGGGGAUAGUGUGGAAUCCAUCCAACGAAGGCUUUUGGGGGAUCCCCCUCUCCUUCUGCCCAUUUAA